GAAUUGAACUGUGAAGUGUGAAGUGUGAAAUAUCUUAGUUUUUAGAUAUGAUGACUAUAUGUAUUUAAUUAAACCCCCAAUUAUUAACAUAAAAGUAGUGUGAGAUCCGUUCUUGUUGCAGGCCUGAAAAUAAAUAGUCACAAAUUUGAACUUUGAAAAUUAAUAUAUCAUGGAUGAAUAUACAAGAGAACCAUGCCCGUGGCGUAUCCUUGAUGACUCUGGCGGUGCGUUUAUAAUGGGAGCGAUCGGUGGUGGACUAUUUCAUUCGAUAAAAGGUUUCAGAAACGCACCACUAGGCUUCAGUAGAAAAAUGCUUGGCAGUUUGGCUGCAGUAAAGGAGCGCUCUCCAAUAGUCGGGGGUAAUUUUGCUGUUUGGGGUGGUAUGUUCUCUACCAUAGACUGCUCACUUGUGUACAUGAGGCAAAAGGAAGAUCCAUGGAAUUCCAUUAUGAGUGGAGCCCUCACGGGGGGUAUCCUGGCUGCAAGAAAUGGUGUACCGGCAAUGGCAGGAAGUGCACUUAUUGGAGGAAUUCUCUUAGCUCUAAUAGAAGGCAUUGGUAUCAUGUUCACAAGAUUAACGGCUGAACAGUUCAAACCACAGCAACCGAUAUUUGAAGAUCCUUCCAUCUUAGGUCAAAGUCAAGGACAGGCUCAGUCUUACCAAUAGAUUAUGUUGUUUUGGAAAUGGACUGUGUGGCUUUACUCAGAGUAGUAUUUUUGAAGUAUAAAAAAUUAGUAACAAACAAAUCGACUUAAACUAAAAUUUAAAUCUGUUAAAAUGCUAUAUAGUCUAUCUGUGUCUGGUUGAUAGCUGGAGGUAUGCACGAAAGUUUCUUGAUGUAAUUAUUUUAAAUCAGGCUUUGUAGACUACAGGAAAAUAAAUAUGAAAACGUUAUUUUCUAAAUACUUGCUAUUCUUAAACAGGCAAAGAGAAACAAUAUUAUAAUCUACUUAGUAUGUUUCUCUAUUAUCUUCACUGUUGGUAAGAUACAUAAAAAUACAGUACCAUACAUAAUGCCAUUUCAACCAUAAUUGUAUAUUUGAAAUAAGCUUAAUAAGUAGUGUUUACUUAUUAAGCUUAUUAAGCAAGAUGUGUAUCUUGUUUGAAAAAUUUCAACCAAAAUGCUGCCCUCCCUACAGGUGUUGCAUUAAACUGUUAUCUUUCUCUUGAGUAUUUUCAGUUUCAUCACAACAAUUUUUUGGUAGCACAGAAAUCACACCUAAACUAAGCCAUACAGUCUUACAAAAAA